AGAGGCAAAUGCAUAUAAAUAUAUUCCAACAGAAUAGAAUCCAAGAACAUGUAAAGUAUUGUAGCAAAAAAGAAGAUGCCAAAAACAUCACGGAUGAAAGUAAAAAGAGAGUAAAGAUAUGUUCGAAUCUGAUAAAAUUAACAUGAGAAGUUGGAAUGUAAAUGUAUAAAGUCCCAUGAUUUUUAGGACAAUGAUUACAACAUCUUCUCUUCCCUUACCCUCAGACUCUCUCACUAUGUUGAUGCCUGUUCAGUGCUCAAAAUGCCAUAAAAAUGUGCAGCUACUACCACCAGGCCCACCCUCCAUGUGCUGCCAUGUUGCCACCUAUAGAGCUCCAUACUCCUACUCCCACCACUAUCCACCUCAUCAACUGCCACUCACCGCCCUGCCUCCACCCCCUUACAGCCACUUGCCACCCAGGCCACCUCUGUUCGCCCAUGUAUGCAAGCGAGCUGUGAUAUGUGCUGUGUCUUAUAAGAACUCCAAGCAUGAGCUUAAGGGGUGCAUUAACGAUGCAAACUGCAUGAGGUAUUUGCUUGUCAACAGGUUCCACUUCCCAGAGUCCUCCAUUCUCAUGCUCACCGAAGAAGAGGCUGAUCCUGAUAGGCAUCCAUCCAAACAAAAUAUGAUAAAGGCUCUGUAUUGGCUUGUGCAAGAUUGUCAACCAGGAGAUUCUUUAGUAUUUCAUUAUUCUGGUCAUGGAAAACGCAAGAAGAACUACACUGGGGAUGAGGUGGAUGGAUAUGAUGAAUACCUGUGCCCGUUGGAUUUUAAGACUGGGGAACUGAUUUCAGACAAUGAGAUCAAUGCAAUAAUUGUCAGACCUCUUCCUCAUGGGGUUAAGCUCCAUGCAUUUAUAGAUGCUUGCCAUAGUGGUACUGCUCUAGAUUUGCCAUUCCUCUGUAGAAUGGACAGAAGUAGGAGAUAUCUGUGGGAGGACCAUCGGCCUCCAUCCGGUGUUUGGAAAGGGACAAAUGGUGGGAAGGCUAUUUGCUUCAGUGGCUGUGAUGAUCACCAGACCUCUGCUGAUGCUUCAGCUCUGUCAAAUACUACUCCAACUGGUGCAAUGACUUUCUCUUUCAUACAAGCCAUUGAGCAUGGACAUGGAACUACAUAUGGAGACAUCCUGAGUUCAAUGCAAUAUACCAUCCGCAAUGCAGAGAAUGAAGACACUGACACUGGGACAUCUCCUCCUCUCAAUAUGACUAGAAGAGGGAGUCUUGCUGCCGGGUUUACACAGGAGCCACAGCUAACUGCAAGUGAAAAGUUUAAGCUGAAGAAGCCAUUCUCCCUGUGAUUUUUAUCAUCUGUUUUAGCUCUACUGUUAUAUAAUAAGCAAAUGCACAAUGUCCACAACACCAGAAAACCACAGGCUAAAUCCCAUAUGAAAAACCCCAUUACAAAUUGCUAAAACCAUCUCAUCAUGUCAAGAGAAAAGGGAAAUGUAAAAAAAUACUAAUAAUAAAUUAUAAGAAACAUCUGGAAGCCAUGUCUUGCUA